AUGCAGCGCUUGAGGCGCUCGCUGUCCCUCCGGACCCUGCUGCGCAGCAGGAGCGUGGAGAGCCUCUUCCAGCGGCCCCCCCCGUCCCCCCCCGGACCCCCCCCGGCCUCCCCCGGACCCCCCCAGCGCCCCCCGGCCCCGCUGCAGCCCCUGCGGACCCACGGCUUCCAGGAGCACGUCUUCAAGAAGCACUGCCCCUGCCGCCUGUGCCGGCAGCUGAUCGCAGGCAACUCGCGGCAGGGGCUGCGCUGCAGGAGCUGCAAGGCCGGCGUGCACCUCUGGUGCUCCCAGGAGAUCUCCCAGCAGUGGUGCCCCGGCAGGGCGGCCACCUCUUUCCGACGCAAUUUCAGCUCCCCCCUGCUGCUGCAGGAGCAGACAGCCCCCGUGCCCGGCUCGUGCCUCCCAGCCCCCAGCACGCAGGUGGACCCGGUGUACGAGGCGCUGAGGUUCGGCACCUCCCUGGCACACGGCGCCAGCUCCACGGAGCUGCCCCCCGGCAGCCAGGGUGAGAAGGAGGCGGCAGGGGACGAAGCGAGCACUGCAGAGAGCCCGAGCAAUGGUGCGGCUGUCACCCCGGCAGACAGAGGCAGCACAGAGCAGAAGAGCCCCGGGCAGCAGGCUGCCCGGGGGCCGACGCGGCGGGACGGGGCGCCCAUGUUCUCCUACGUGGCCCUCUACAAGUUCGUGCCGCAGGAGCACCACGACCUGGCGCUGCAGCCCGGGGACAGGAUCACGCUGGUGGACGACUCCAACGAGGAGUGGUGGAAGGGGAAGGUGGGCGACCGCCUGGGCUUCUUCCCGGCCAACUUCGUGCAGCGCGUCCGGCCCGGCGAGAGCGUCUGGCGGAGCUGCCGCGCGGUGCCGGGCAGCCGCGAGCGGGGGCACCUCAGCCUGAGGGAGAACCAGAUCUGCGUCGGCGUGGGCGGCAGCCGGGGCCUCGUCCGCGUCACCAGCGGGAGGAAGAGGGGGCUCGUCCCCGCCGAGGCGCUGACCGAGAUUUAG